UCUUAAAUCCCAUCCUUCUUGAGGAGAGGUUUUUCUCACAGGAGUUGUGACUUGGAAUCGUUUACUUAGCUUAAGUAUUUAGAGACUCAAUGCUAUUUUUUGAGGAUGGAACACCAACCUUGGUGGUGUCGAAAGAGAUCUCUUCUCAUAUUUGUUUCUGGGUUAAUACUACUUCUGAUUAAUUGUGAGCAGUUUGGCCACAUCCAAUGCAGGUCAUUCUCCAACCUCUUCAACCAUUGGAAGGAAGUCCUGUUGCGAUCGAGACCAAUCAUCAUGCAACGAUCGCAACCCUCAUUUCUACAUUCUGCGCGCAGAAAGGCAUUGCUUACAGUUCAAAGCUAGUCAUUUUAGAUGGGAAGAAACGAUCUCUACCACAAUUUAGCACUUUACAGUCAUUGGGUGUGUCCAGCGGACAGAGCUUGCACAUUGGUUAUGAAGAGAAAUCAUUUAGCAUAGCAAGAGAAUGGCCAUUACUAUUCGCCUUUACAGCGCUUGGAAUUGGGCUCAUAGGAAUUCUCACUCUUUCAAUGAUUUAUGGCUUAACAGGAGGCAUAUAUCCUUAUGAUUACGGUGUUGUUAUGGAUGCUGGUUCAUCAAAAACAAACACUAUCGUUUACGAGUGGAAAGGGGACAAAUAUAAAGGAACUGGAUACGUUACACAAAAGAAAAGCUGCAAUGCCGUAGGUGGAAUAGCAAAAAUGAAUCCAAUGCAUUUAGAGCCAGUCAUCGAAUGUGCGAAAAAUGUAACGGAAAUUAUAAAUCCAUCUUCACGACCAAGGACACCGUUAUUUUUUGCAGCAACGGCAGGAAUGAGGCUAUUGUACUUAACGAAUCCAACAAGAGCAGCCAAAAUAUUAGAGCAGUUAAAUGACCAUUUGAAUGAAACCGGAUUAGAUGUUAAGGCAAUAGAAGUAAUCACAGGGCGAGAUGAAGGUAUAUAUGGAUGGAUUACGGCUAACUUCUUAAAAGAAACUCUGGAAUUUCCACAGAAAACUGAUCCGUGGGAGCCAACGACUUACGGUGCACUAGACAUGGGAGGAGCUUCGAUGCAGAUAGCUUUUGCAAUUCCAGAAAAUGAAGUUAAUGCAAGCACACCAGAUGUUCAAAGUAUGAAGCUCUACGGACAAACACAUAAUGUCUUUUCGCACAGUAAUUUAUGUUUUGGAAGGGAUGAAGCAAACAGGAGACUGAGGUUUUUUUUGGCAAAAAAUCCAUCAGAUACGAGGGUUUAUGACCCAUGUACACCUACUGGUUAUGAACAGAACGUAACGGGAUCUGAUUUAUUCAGUCAGCCAUGUACGGAGAGCACCACAUUGCAGGAAAUGUUGGCCCAAGACCCAACGAUUGUAAAAAAAAACUACACUUUUGUUGGAACGAGUGACUAUGCUGCUUGUAGAGGCAACGUAUCUAUGCUUCUGAACGAUCAGUUGUGCAAUGACAAGAAAUUUAAAGAGUGCUUCAAAAAAUUGGAUAACAUUCCAUCAGAUCAGAAAUAUCUGGCUUUCGCUACAUAUUUCUACACAACAAAUUUUUUGAAUGUUACUAAAUCGUCUCUAGAAGAAUACAGAGCUGUUGCAGAAAAUUUUUGCAGGAAGAAUAUAACUGAAGUACACGACAUUGACAACAGUACUUUUGUAACUCAAUACUGCUUUAAUGCACUUUAUAUUCAUGAAGUUCUAGUCAACGGUCUUGGUUUCACUAACAGCACUUGGGAAAAUCUACAGUUCGUCGAUAAGAUACAACGUGUAAGUGUAGGGUGGACUUUGGGUUACAUGAUAAAUGCAACAAAUUUAAUUCCAGAGAAAGCAAAGACUCCAAGAGCUAUAUCGGCAACUGCGCUAACGAUUUCAUUGGUCUUAUUUAUUAUUGUUGUCAUUGGAACAUUUGUUUUCUUGUUCAACAGAUACCGGCAAAGAAACGAAUACACAACAAGAUCCAUGUAUGGGCAAGCAUAACUUUAAAAGAACAUGUUUAUCUGAGUAAAAAUGACAAAGCAUGAGCUUUUCUUUCAUCUGACAUUAUAAACACAUUUAUCAGCUACAUACAUUAUUCCUUGUUAUUCUUAAUAAAAUUUUUAUUUUCUUAGUACAUAAAUUCUGGCAUUCCCAACAAACUUUGUGAUGCAAAAAAAAAAAAAGAAAAAGAAAGAAAUUGAGUGCCAAAUUUUCGCCACUAAAACUUAAACCGUCAAAACUACUUCAAAAAAGAUGAACAAGAAAAUUAAGCUCCAUAGAAUGUCCCUUACAUGGAUAUUUCAGGCUGCUAAAAGGACAUUUUGAGAAUGAUGCCGUCAGUUCUCAGUAGUCUUGUGUAAUUGCAAAUAUGUAUAUAGCAUUUUAAUGUAAUAUAUCAAAUGUACCAUUUGUAAUUAAUACAUAAAAAUAUUUUUUAACGCA